AUGUCCUGGGUGAUGUUCGUGGUGGUUUCCGGUGGCGGCAGCGGCGGCGUUGGCGGGGAGGGCAACGGAGGCGGGGCGCCACGGCUCGUCGACGCCUUCACUUUCGUCCUUUUCGGGGCCGAAUUCUUCGGUGUCGCACGGGCUGCCUUCGGCUUUGUUGCCACCGCCGAGACAUCACCGGUGGCCGUCGCAGUACCGGAUUGCGGGACCACAUGCGUUCCCGCGCGCUGCCGCUUCACCCGGCUCGUCGACGAGACCGUCGUUGCUACCUCCGCGGGGGUCGCAGGGGUGUCAGGGGUCGCCGGGGUGGUUGGUGGAGCGGCGGAAGCUCCGACGACCACGGCAAAGGGUGGCGGCGCAGAGGAAGGUGAGGGCGCACAGAUCGGCGGCGUCGGCGGUUGGGAGGAGCUGAAAGUUCCCUCGCGCGCAAAGUAG